AUGGGUUGUAUAGCACCAAAAUCAAAAAACACACAAAAAAAAACAUCUGAUGACAAUCUCAAUUCAAAAAGAGAUGGCUUUCAAUCAAGCCGACUUAUAAAGGUGGAAUCCAAAGAUCAAUUAGCCUUUCAUCCUUCACUUUUUGUAGGUCGGCGUAAAGGAAACAUUGAGGAACAUUAUUCAUUUGAAAAAGCGAUAUAUGCAGGCUCAUACGGAGAAGUCAGACUUGCUUCAAAUAAAAUUACAGGCUUGAAAAGGGCUAUCAAAACGAUUUCAAAGGAAAACAUAGGUAAAGAUACGAAGCUCCGUGCUCGAUUUUUUACGGAAAUUGAAAUUCUCAAACAAAUGGAUCAUCCCAAUAUCAUAAAGUUAUACGAGUUCUAUGAAGAUGACUCAAAUUAUCAUUUAGUGACUGAAUAUGUGCCAGGAGGGGAAUUGUUUGACUAUAUUAUAAAAAGCAAAAUGCUGUCAGAACCAAUAGCAGCCCAAUUUAUGAGGCAGCUUCUCAGUGCUGUAGCAUAUUGCCACCAAAACAACAUUGUCCAUAGGGACUUAAAACCAGAAAAUUUGCUAAUAGAUGCGCAGUCUCAUGAAGCAACUUUGAAAGUUAUCGAUUUCGGGUUAUCUGCGUUUUUUGACUCAAAAGUGAGUAUGACCAAGAAAUAUGGGACCUCAUAUUAUGUUGCUCCAGAAGUUUUGCGGAGAAGCUACAAUGAAAAAUGUGAUAUGUGGAGCUGUGGAGUGAUUUUGUAUAUACUGCUGUGUGGGCGACCUCCAUUUAAUGGAAGCAGUGGCCCACAAAUUGUCAGAAGAGUUCAAAAAGGAGAAUUUUCCUUUGACAGCCCAUCAUGAGAAGGGGUAACUCCAAUGGCAAAAAAGCUAAUAACAAGAAUGCUUGACUAUGACCCAGGCACCCGAAUCUCCGCAAACGAAGCUGUUCAAGACGAAUGAAUGAUCUAUAACGCCUCAACUAUUCCAAGAGAUGAAAACAUCGCCCAAAUUUCUCUCCAAAACCUCAAAACUUUUCGAGUUGAACAAAAAUUACAACGCGCCGUUUUAACCUACAUUGCCUCCCAAAUCAGCAACAAAGAAGAAAUCAAAAAGUUAGGCGAAGCUUUCCGAGACAUGGACACAAAUGGUGAUGGCAAACUAAGCAAAGAAGAAGUCCUUGAAGCCUUCUAUUCUUUAGGUGGAAAUGGAUUCAGCCAAAAAGACAUUGAAGAUAUCAUAAAGCAAGUCGACGUGAAUAACUCGGGAUUUAUCGAUUAUACAGAGUUUAUCAUGGCUACAGCAAGAAAAGAAAGCUUGUUGUGCAUAGAAAACCUCGAUUCUGCCUUUAGCGCGUUCGAUGAAGAUGGGAGUGGUAAAAUCAGCGCAAUUGAGCUAAAAAAUAUUUUUGGAAAAGAGCUAAUUGCUACAGAUGAGGUCUGAAAAGACAUGAUCGCUGAGGUAGAUGAGAAUGGUGACGGAGAAAUCGACUUGAAUGAGUUUCGAACGAUGAUGCAACACAUUUUUGAUGAUAGACCAUAA